UUAGCAUUUGGUGCCACUCCUUACAAAAUAACACCAUCCAUCCAUUCAACUCAACUACUCACUCUCAAAAUCAAAAUGGUCGUCGGAAACGAAACGCCCCCGAUGGAGCAACACAAUACCUCCACUACCGCCGACAGUGAAAUCCAAAACAAAGCCAGAUUAGCCAUUAUAGAGCUCGCCAACAUGAUCAGCGUUCCCAUGUCCCUCAACGCCAUCGUCCGCCUCAACGUCGCCGACGCCAUCUGGCAAAACGGUUCCAACUCUCCUCUCUCCGCAUCUGAGAUCCUCGCUCGCGUGGUUCCGUCCGGCGGCGACGCCCAUAAUCUCGAGCGCAUCUUACGUAUGCUCACUAGCUACGGUGUUUUUGAGGAACAUCUCAGCCCUAACUCAUCUAACCACCGGUAUUCCCUCACUGACGUCGGAAAAACUCUAGUCACGGACUCCGAUGGCCUCUCCUACGCGCCGUACGUGCUUCAGCAUCAUCAGGACGCGCUUAUGAGAGCGUGGCCGCGAGUGCACGAGGCGGCGAUUGACUCAACGACGGAACCGUUCGUUAGAGCGAACGGUGAAGCGGCGUACAGUUAUUAUGGGAAGAAAACGGAGAUGAACGAGUUGAUGCAGAGAGCAAUGGCGGGCGUAUCGGUGCCGUUCAUGAAGGCUGUAUUGGACGGCUACGAUGGGUUCAAAGGAGUUGAGAAAUUAGUGGACGUUGGUGGAAGCGCAGGCGAUUGCUUGAGGAUGAUUUUACAGAAAUAUCCUCACAUUAAGGAAGGGAUUAACUUCGAUCUGCCGGAGGUGGUGGCUAGGGCUCCUACUAUCCCCGAGACAGGGGUGAGUCACGUUGGAGGUGAUAUGUUCAAGUCCAUACCGACCGGAGACGCUAUCUUCAUGAAGUGGGUUCUAUCUACGUGGACGGACGACGAAUGCAAAAUAAUAUUGGAGAAUUGCUGCAAAUCUCUCCCGGUGGGAGGAAAAUUGAUUGCCUGUGAGCCGACAUUGCCGGAGAAGACGGAUGAAAGCCACCGGACGCGUGCUCUUUUGGCCAGCGACGUAUUCAUCAUGACCAUUUACAAGGCUAAAAGUAAGCAGCGAACUGAGGAGCAGUUCCGGCAACUCGGCCUCUCCGCUGGAUUCUCCGCCCUCCGACCAUUUCAUAUCGAUUACUUCUAUUGUCUGUUGGAAUUCCAAAAGUGAAAUGUUUUAUAAGAUUUUCUUUUUGGCAUAUGAAUUUAUCUCAACUGUUUUCAAUGAAAUUUGAAGAGAUUUAGACUCAUA